UGGCCUCUACCCAUUUCAUUACAAGAAGAGAGAGAAAAUAAAAUUAAAAAAAAAAAAAAAAAAAAGAAAAGAUCCGUCAGAAAAAAUAAAGAAAGAAACACAUAGAAAAGAAGAAGUUUGUAACCCUAACCCUCGAUUUCAAUCUCUAAUUCUCUCUCCAGAUUCAUCCAUUUUAAUUUUCAAUAAGAAACUUGACGAUUUUUCCCACAAAUUUUCGGAUUUUCAGCAUCAAAUUACACAUUCUUUGAUUUUCAAGAGCAGAUGAGAAGAGUGAGAGAAAAACAUUUCGGCCGAAUUUGACUUCUUUCGACGAGACCGAAAAUUUUCGGAUCUUCGAAGAUAUUUCAAGGAGAUAAGCUUUUUGAGGCAGAUAAGGCGAUGAAUCAGGUAGCAGCCACUUUCACCCAAAGAUGAAAGGAUUGUUCCUACCAAUCCUUCCCCGGAUGCAGCCAUCACUGGGCCUUCAAGGAAUGUCAUUGAUGCCCCAAGGUCUUCAGACGUAGCUGCGGAUAAUAAUAUGAUGUACCCAUCCAACAAUUAUGGUUCUCUUGAACAGACUUACUUUUAUGGAGGAUAUGAUGGUGGUGCAAGCAGUUGGAAUGCAUAUCCUCAGUAUGCUAGUGCUGAAGGCCUGCAUGUUGUACCUCCGGUCAUUUAUGGUGAUAAUCCAUCUCUUGGACUGCAUUCUCCUUAUGGCUUCAAUUCCCAAAUGGCAUAUGGACAGUAUUCACCUGCCAGCUCACCUGUGCCUCAGAUAAUGGUUGAUAACCAGCUCUUUUCACCUCAGCAAAUUCCAGUUUCUCCACAAUACUAUCCCCAGCAAGUUGGUAGCUCAAUGCCCCCACAUAUGUCAGGAACAAUUCCAGUUUCUCAUGCCGAGAUGGUGACUCAUAAAGGACACAUGCCGAUGAAUGUGCAUAACCAUGCAUAUUACAAUCUGCAUGGGAUGUUGGGUUCCGGUGAACAUUUGUCGAGUCCGUCAAACUCCACAGAUGUGGGGUGGAGAACUUUGACUUCAACUCAGCCGGUUGCUACUCUAAGUUCAUUUGACCCCACAGUUGGACAGAUAGCUCAACAGAGACCGUAUGCUGGAUAUGGAUUGGUAUCAGAUUAUGCCAGUGGGCCAUAUCACUAUGAUGGCUCAUAUCAGAGUUCUAACUAUACUGGCAUGCCCACCUCUCAACCAGGAGUUAAUUACCGCAAUCGCGUUAACUUGGAGAAGGCACGAAGUCAAAGAGAGCAGGAUUCGAUGUUUGCUAUCUCAGGCGACCGCAAUAGAGGACCAAGGGCGUCAAAAGGAAAAGGAAAGGGAACCAUUGGAAAUGGUUCAUUGUCUGGUGCUGAAAACCCUCCAGAAAGUAACUCGUUGGCUAGUACCGCUAAAAUUGGUACUUCUGCUGCUGGAGUGAAUCUUGCUUCUUACAAUAGUGCAGAUUUUUCUACUGAGUAUGAGAAUGCGAAGUUCUUCAUCAUUAAGUCUUUUAGUGAAGACAAUAUUCACAGAAGCGUUAAAUAUGGUGUUUGGGCAAGCACACCUCACGGAAAUAGAAAGUUAGAUGCUGCUUAUCAGGAAGCAAAGGAGAAAGGCAACUGUCCUGUUUUUCUCUUGUUUUCGGUUAAUGCUAGUGGCCAGUUUUGUGGAGUAGCAGAAAUGACUGGACCAGUGGAUUUUGAGAAGAAUGCAGAUUACUGGCAGCAAGAUAGAUGGACUGGACAAUUUGCAGUCCGUUGGCACCUAAUUAAGGACAUACCUAAUAGUAAAUUUCGACACCUGUUGCUAGAAAAUAACGAUAACAAGCCUGUUACUCAUAGCCGAGACUCUCAGGAGGUGAAACUGGAUCAGGGCAUUGAGAUGCUGAAAAUUUUGAAGGACUACGAUGCACAAACAUCUAUUCUUGACGACUUUGAAUUUUAUGAUGAAAGGGAGAAGGUUUUGCUGGAAAGGAAGAAUCGGCAGCAAGCCAAACCAAAGCCCAGUGUUUCUGAACCUCGUACUGGUGAGAUAUUGAAUAAUAUAUCUGACAGAUUAGAUCAAACUCUCCAUUUAGACGAGAGUUGUAAAGAUGUAGUGGCAACUGAGAAGAGCAGCAAUGCGCCCCAGAGCAGUAAGGUGUAGUUAGAUGCACAUCAGCACAUGUCAUAUUUCUUUGCAUACUGAUCUUAGGCCCAUUCUCAUGUUUUAUCCCAAAGUUCCAACUUCUCAGAAAGUUAAGAUCAAUACUUCAUUAUAUCUAGGAGACGGGGAUUUCUCUUGCUGAAUUCCUUUCAUUGCAUCCUUCUUCGCUUUGUUCUUCCCAUCUUUUUGACUUCUUGCUCCCUUAAUAUCGAGUGUACAUGAGCGAAGCAUGUUCAGGUCUCAGCUGGUGGUAAUGGCAGGAGAGUGUUGUAUGACAUGCUUGGCUCUUUUUCAAGGUGUAAUUUUAGCCCUAUACUCUUUAUAAAAAAAAACAGAUUUGUUUUUCCUUUUUCCUCCUCUCUUUUCAUAUCCUCCCUUCUUUUUUUAAAUUUUGUUUUCAUAUUUGUUACUGUUUCUGCUAAGUGGAUUCUACAGCUUAGAUUACCAUUUUUCUUGGGUACAGAGUACUUGGAAGGAUUUAUGUAAUUCCCCAGUUUUUUGGGAAGCAAAUUAAUAAAAUAUUUCUGCAAAAGAAUUGAAUGGUUGUUGUAUUGAUCCUUUUGUAUUUGUAAUAGUUCUUUUUGGUUGUAGACUUGUAGUAAAGUCAAGCAUAUUGUUGAUUGUCA